AUGAAGGUCCCCCCUGUCCUCUUCCUCCUCCUCCUCGGCCUCACAGAGCAAUGGGGACCCUUGGGGACAUCAGGGACUCCCGUGGGACCCUUGGGGGGGGUCCUGUACCCCUUCGGGCCAGGUGUGGGGGAUGAGCCCACUCCCCAUGAGGACGACGGGACGAGCCCCGAGAUCUUUCUGUGGGAAAACUUCUCCUUCUUCGGGAGCGGCCACCACUCUUGCUACGUGGGUCAUGUGAACAACAAUGGGGUGGUGUCGUUCGGGACGAGGGUCCCCGAGUUCACCCCCCAGCCCUUCCCGCUGCCUGGCCACCGCCCCUUUGUGGCCCCGUACUGGGCUGACGUGGACACGCGGCUGGGGGGAGACAUCUGGUACCGCCAGAGCCGUGACCCUGAGCUGCUGGAGCGCCUGGCACAGGACCUGGCACCCACUGUGCCCCCAGGAGACCCCCCACCGCGCCCCACCUGGGCCCUCGUGGCCACCUGGGACCGUGUGGCCUAUUUUGGGGCCGCCUCGGACAAGGUGAACACUUUCCAGGCCGUGCUGGCCUCCGAUGGUGUCACCUGCUUUGUCCUGCUCAACUACGGGGACUUGCAGUGGACAACAGGCAUUGCCAACAUGGGGGACCCCCACACUGGACUGGGGGGCAUCCCCGCACAGGCCGGGUUUAACAGUGGGGACGACGUGCACUACUACAACGUGCCAGGGUCCCGCACGCCCACUGUGCAGACCCUCAGCCACCGCAGCAACCUGGGGGUCCCGGGGCGCUGGGCCUUCCGUGUCGACCACUUCGAGGCCACUGAGGGGCCCCUCGAGAUGCCCUCAAGGACCCCCAGGACUCCCUCAGUGCCCCCCGAGUCCCGCAGGACCACGGCAGAGCGGGUGUAUAACUGCGGGUUGUGA